GGACGAAAGAGGAGAUUGAUCGACGUUCGAGAGCGAGAUUUUUCGGGAAUUAGAUGCAUGAGGUCGGAUUCCCGGUGGAUCUGAAUCUCUUCACGCAGCUUGUAGUGGCACUGUUCUUCAUCUUCGUCGGUGCUGUGUACUUAAUCAGAACCACCGUGGCGAAGUACUCCGAGGUCGGCGGCGCCGGUAAUUUCGGUCGGGAACGCAACCGGGAAGCUAUGGCAGGGGACGCGGCGGAAUGCGCUGUCUGUGGGAAAGUUUCCAGUAAGAAGUGCUCUCGCUGCAAAUCCGUCCGAUAUUGCUCAGCAGAAUGCCAAAGAUCAGACUGGAAUUCUGGUCAUAAAAGAAAAUGCAAGGAAAUUGGAAGCAUUAAUUCAACACCAACCAAAAGUAGUGAAUUCGGGUUCAAAGCUUCUUCUUCGGAGAACGGAUUCGCUUCAAAGGUUGCAUUGGUUCCUAAGCAGGGCGAAAAUAGGACUACCCAAAAGCUUAGAGAAAUUCUUUUCCCAUACGAUGAAUUUGUUAAAUAUUUCAACUGGGACAAGCCGGGGUUUGUUCCAUGUGGACUCAUCAAUUGUGGAAACAGUUGUUUCGCCAAUGUGGUCCUACAAUGCCUAUCCUGGACUCGUCCUCUUGUAGCUUACGUCCUAGAGAAAGGCCACAGAAGAGAAUGUAGGCGCAAUGAUUGGUGUUUCUUUUGUGAAUUUCAAACCCAUGUUGAAAGAGCAAGUCAAAGUCGACUUCCUUUUUCUCCGAUGAACAUUAUUUCGCGUUUACCUAAUAUUUGUGGAAAUCUUGGGUAUGGGAGACAGGAGGAUGCUCAUGAGUUCAUGAGGUUUGCCAUUGAUACCAUGCAAUCUGUUUGUCUCGACGAAUUCGGUGGAGAAAAAGUGGUCCCUCUUCGAUGCCAAGAAACAACACUUAUUCAAUAUAUAUUUGCUGGUCACCUUCAAUCACAGGUGAUGUGUACAGUUUGCAAUAAUGUUUCUAACCAAUGCGAGAAUAUGAUGGAUUUAACGGUUGAGAUCCAUGGGGAUGCGAUAUCGUUGGAGGAAUGUCUGGAUCAGUUCACUGCCAAAGAAUGGCUUCAAGGAGACAACAUGUACAAGUGUGAUAGAUGCAAUGAUUAUGUUAAGGCAUGGAAGCAUCUUACAAUUCACCGAGCUCCGAAUAUUCUUACGAUUGCUUUGAAAAGAUUCCAGGGUGGGAGAUUUGGAAAACUGAACAAAAAAAUUAGUUUUCCCGAGAAAUUGGAUCUUAGUCCUUACAUGAGUGAUGGUAGAGGAGAUGGUACGGAUAUAUACAAGCUCUAUGCAGUGAUUGUCCAUUUAGAUAUGCUGAAUGCUUCAUUUUUCGGCCAUUACAUUUGCUACGUAAAGGAUUUACGUGGAAACUGGUAUAGAAUAGAUGAUUCCGAGGUAGAAAAUGUCGAAUUGGAAGACGUGCUUUCUCAACGAGCUUAUAUGCUCCUCUAUAGCAGGGUUCAAGCCCGGCCAUCAUCAUCAUGCCUUAGACUCGAUGGUGUUCAUAACGAGAAGAAACCCGAUAAAAUAGAAACAGAAUCUCGCCAACGAGCCGCAGUUGAGAUCAUGCUCCUGCAAUGUAAUGGAGUUAUUUCACGGACGGAAGAAUCUGAACGCGGAAAAGAAUCGACAUGUGCGAUGAAAGCAGUGGUUGAUGAAAGCGAAUCCGAUUCAAACCCUUCAAUUGAGGUCGAAGACGAUUCAGCGAGGGAGCAUAAGGAAGAGCCUCUGGUGAAAAUUAUCGCCGUUGAAUCUUCUGCGCGUAUGCCUCCAUCGGGCGGUACGGAAUCUGAACCGCCAGCGGUGAAAGAUACAGAUACAUAUACAGAGAUGGUUGAUGCGUAGUGACGGAGUAUGAUCUGUUUAUCCAAAGGAUGUGGAACGCAGCCAAAAAAAAACUUCUUUUGUUGCCUUAAAAGAGCAGAAGAGUUUCAUCAACUUACACGUGAAUUUAUAUUGUCGGAAGGGUAAUGAUUGGCUGUGGACAGAAGAGAAAAGCUCACGUGGGAUUUCAUAUUGCGUAGAAAUCUAGGGUUCUUGUUGGAUUCUAUCCACUGGUCGGACAAUUUUUAUUUCUGGUUAGUUGUACGAGUGAGGUUGCCAUUGUUAUUUCUGGUCAUCUUUAGCUUCAAUUUUUUUUUUUUCAAUUUUAAAACAGACUAUCAUUCAUUACGAAUUCAAUUGUAUUUAAUUUUUACUGAUACAAAUAGUAUUUUUUUAAGAUAUUCUUAAUUUUUCAA